CGAUAACUUCACUUGACACAUCCAAGGAGACUGCCGUGUUAAAAUAAAUUUUAGUUUGCAUUUAAAAUCGAUGAAAAUAGCUAUAUAAUUACAUGUCUGCGAAUACAAAGAAGGAUCCUUGCAAAGCGAACGCGUGCCGUAUACAAGCCUGCUUGAAUGAAAACAAUUAUCAGGAGAAUAAAUGUGCUGACGUUCUCGAGGCUAUGCGCCAAUGUUGUCUAAAGUGGCAUAAGGUUUCGCUUUGUUGCAGUGGAAUUGAUUUGGAAAAACCAUACCAAACAGAAGCAUCCAAAGGUGCCGGCAAGUCGUGAGUUCAAGGUGCACUUUAUGCUUACAAGCCUCCAAAAGACAUUCAAGACUUGUUGGACAAAAAGGAACAGCAGCAAACUGGUCAGCGCCGUCGUACAGCCGUGCUUCCCAAGCGCUCUUGGAUACAGCGAAACCCGCGACUGUUCCAGAUCACUUUCC